UCCGCAGAUCUUUGUGCGAGCGGAGCCGAGCGGUCGCAGUUAGCCACGGGAUCGUACAGCAAUACACUACCGAGACACGGAAAAAACCCACAAAACGAAGCAAAUAUACACCACGAAUACCCCAGUGACUGUAAUAACACCGAUAUCAAGGCGACAGAGGUGGGAUUAAAAUGGUUGUCUGGUAGAGGCAUUGCAGGUGGAGGCGUGUCACACAGCGCCCUCUGGUGUUAGCAGUGGGACCUGACGCUGCCCUUUGACCCCAUGGCACAGUGAGGCCUUCAGCGAGAGGCAGAGACACGGAGCAGAGACCGGAGCGGAGGAGAAUCACCCAAAGGAGGAGCAGACGGGAGGAGCCACCAUGUCGUCCAACCGUACCCAGAAUCCCCAUGGACUCAAACCCAUCGGACUGGACCAGAUAUGGGACGACCUCCGCGCCGGGAUCCAACAGGUGUACACCAGGCAGAGCAUGGCUAAGUCACGCUACAUGGAACUCUACACACAUGUAUAUAACUACUGCACCAGUGUGCACCAGUCGAGCCAGGGCCGCGGCUCUGUGCCUCCCACCAAACCCUCCAAAAAGUCCAGCACUCCAGGAGGGGCGCAGUUUGUCGGCCUCGAACUUUACAAGAGGCUCAAGGAGUUUCUCAAAAACUACCUGACCAGUCUGCUCAAGGAUGGAGAGGAUCUGAUGGAUGAGUGUGUGCUGAAGUUCUACACGCAGCAGUGGGAGGACUAUCGCUUUUCCAGUAAAGUCCUGAAUGGGAUCUGCGCCUACCUCAACCGCCACUGGGUCCGAAGGGAGUGUGACGAGGGCCGCAAAGGCAUCUAUGAAAUCUACUCGCUCGCACUCGUCACUUGGAGGGAGUGUUUGUUCCGACCUCUUAAUAAACAGGUAACAAACGCAGUGCUGAAGUUGAUCGAGCGGGAGAGAAAUGGGGAAACUAUCAACACACGACUCAUCAGCGGAGUCGUCCAGUCCUACGUUGAGUUGGGUCUGAACGAGGAGGAUGCCUUCGCAAAAGGGCCCACGCUGUCUGUUUACAAAGAGUACUUUGAGUGCCAGUUCCUCACAGACACAGAGCGCUUCUACACUCGGGAGAGCACAGAGUUCCUCCAGCAAAAUCCCGUCACAGAAUACAUGAAGAAGGCGGAGGCUCGUCUGUUGGAGGAGCAGCGGCGUGUUCAGGUUUAUCUGCAUGAGUCGACUCAGGAUGAACUGGCCCGAAAGUGUGAGCAGGUACUGAUCGAGAAGCACCUAGAGAUCUUCCACACAGAAUUUCAAAACCUCCUUGACGCCGAUAAGAACGAAGACUUGGGACGCAUGUAUAACCUGGUCUCACGGAUCACGGACGGUUUAGGUGAACUGAAGAAACUCCUGGAGAGUCACAUCCACAACCAGGGCCUGGCUGCUAUAGAGAAGUGUGGAGAAGCUGCACUAAAUGACCCCAAAGUUUACGUUCAGACCACGCUGGACGUUCAUAAGAAAUACAAUGCUCUGGUGAUGUCUGCCUUUAACAAUGACGCAGGCUUCGUGGCUGCACUAGACAAGGCUUGUGGUCGGUUCAUAAACAACAACGCGGUGACUCGGAUGGCGCAGUCGUCCAGUAAAUCUCCGGAGCUUUUGGCCCGAUACUGCGACUCUCUCCUGAAGAAGAGCUCCAAGAACCCGGAGGAGGCGGAGCUGGAAGACACGCUCAACCAAGUGAUGGUUGUGUUCAAAUACAUCGAGGACAAAGAUGUUUUCCAGAAGUUUUACGCAAAGAUGUUGGCAAAGCGUCUGGUGCAUCAAAACAGCGCGAGCGACGACGCAGAAGCUAGCAUGAUCUCCAAACUCAAGCAAGCUUGUGGUUUCGAGUACACGUCCAAACUGCAGCGGAUGUUCCAGGACAUCGGCGUCAGCAAAGACCUCAACGAACAGUUCAAGAAGCACCUGACCAACUCCGAGCCUUUGGACUUGGACUUCAGUAUCCAGGUCUUGAGCUCUGGGUCCUGGCCUUUCCAACAGUCGUGCACCUUUGCUUUGCCCUCGGAGUUGGAGCGCAGUUACCAGCGUUUCACAGCAUUCUAUGCGAGUCGACACAGCGGCAGGAAACUGACCUGGCUCUAUCACCUGUCCAAAGGAGAACUCGUCACAAACUGCUUCAAAAACAGAUACACGCUGCAGGCCUCCACCUUCCAAAUGGCAAUUCUGCUCCAGUACAACACAGAGGACUCCUACACUGUCCAACAGCUCACAGACAGCACACAGAUCAAAACUGACAUACUGGUUCAAGUUCUUCAGAUUUUAUUAAAGUCUAAGUUACUGGUUUUGGAAGAUGAGAACGCCAAUGUAGAUGAGGUGGACUUCAAACCGGACACUGUCAUUAAACUGUUCCUCGGAUAUAAAAAUAAGAAACUAAGAGUGAACAUAAAUGUCCCGAUGAAGACGGAGCAGAAACAGGAACAAGAAACGACCCACAAGAACAUCGAGGAAGACAGGAAACUGCUCAUUCAGGCGGCCAUUGUUCGUAUUAUGAAGAUGAGAAAGGUUUUGAAGCACCAGCAACUUUUGGCCGAAGUCUUGAAUCAGCUUUCGUCACGAUUCAAACCCAGAGUCCCAGUCAUCAAGAAAUGCAUCGACAUCCUGAUUGAGAAGGAAUAUUUGGAGCGAGUGGACGGAGAGAAGGACACCUACAGCUACCUGGCCUGAAUUAAUAUGCCCCGCCCACUUUCGCCCACCUCCGGCUCUCCUCCUCCCUUUUUAUUUUUAUUUGUUUAUCUUAAUCAUUUUUUAUUUUAUGUCUGAGUAAUAAAGUGUGAAAUCCUCUGAGCAGCAGACUUGAAUGAUCCACAAGGGGGCGCUCUCCGUAUAAACAGGACUAAACGAUACUCCCCCUGCUGUUGGAAUGGGGGAACUUUAUGCCCCAAUUUUUGCCUGUCUCAUCUAAACAGAAAACAUUCUUUUGCCCUUUGUCGAAUUGUAAAUAUGCUCCACGGACUCUUAAAAUGGAAAACUAUCCCAUUAUUUACAUAGCGCAAUGUAAUGAAUUUAGCCAAUCCGAGGAGGGCCGCAUCCAAAGGUUUCUGCAUGCUACUGCGCCUCAGACAGUGACUACAAAAAUGAUAUAAAAAGUUAUCGCGGAGUCACUGGUUUGGCCCACGCAAGCCACCGUACUACGAAGAACGAGCGAGAGAGUGAACCAGGAAGUGGGCUGUUUUGAAGUUCAUGCAGGAGGAGGUCAGUCUCAUUACUGAACAGUGGACAUUUGUAUAGUGUGGUUCAUUUUCUAAAUGUGUGAAAAAUAAAAACAAUUAAAGAUUUCUCUAA